GUUGGUUAUAACUUCCUCCAUCGAAGCGCCAUUUUCGGCCUUGUCACGGGAUUACAGCAUGCUGUUCUCAGGCAGAUAAUAAAAUAAGUGUUUAGUGUUGCGAGACCUCCUUUUCAGUGUUCCAUAAAAUGGGGCGAAAAAAGAAGAAGCAGAUGAAGCCGUGGUGUUGGUACUGUAAUCGAGACUUUGAUGAUGAAAAGAUCCUCAUUCAGCAUCAGAAGGCAAAGCAUUUUAAAUGCCAUAUUUGCCACAAGAAGUUGUACACUGGCCCUGGCUUGGCUAUUCAUUGCAUGCAGGUGCACAAAGAGACUAUUGACAGCGUACCAAAUGCAAUUCCUGGACGAACAGACAUCGAGCUGGAAAUCUACGGCAUGGAGGGAAUUCCAGAGAAGGACAUGCAGGAACGAAGGCGAACGUUAGAACAGAAGUCACAAGAGAGUCAAAAGAAGAAGUCAAACAAUCAGGAUGACUCUGAUGAGUCUGAUGAUGAUGAAGCCGGACCAUCAGCUCAGCAGGUCGCUGCAGUCCAGCCCCAGGCAGGCUACGGUGCUCCAAUGGCACAACCUGGGAUCCCUCCUGUGGCUGGUGCACCAGUAAUUCCUCCUGCAGGAUAUCAAGGAAUGCCUCCUAUGAUGCCCGGUGUUCCUCCCAUGAUGCACGGCAUGCCUCCUGCAAUGCAUGGAAUGCCACCAGGCAUGAUGCCAAUGGGGGGGAUGAUGCCCCCAAUGAUGCCAGGCAUACCUCCAGUCCCACCUCACAUAGCUCCAAGGCCAGGACUUCCCCACAUGGCUCCAGCCCCUGCAGUCGCUCGACCAGCAGCACCGGCAGCUCAGCCCGCUGUCACUAAACCUCUCUUCCCCAGUGCAGCACAGAUGGGCUCUGGUGUUCACAGCAGCACAGCAGCCGUCUCCUCUCCAUCUGCAGACACUCAGUCUGUCUCUCCCCAGCCUCCCUUUCCUAACAUGCUACAAGCCCAGCAGACCGUGUCUGGAGUUGCAGCUUCAAGUUCCCUCAGCACAGCCGCCUCCACUGACCCGCCCAAAGCAACAUUCCCUGCCUACACCCAGCCCUCUGUCUCUUCUUCCUCCACUUCUUCUUCUAAUCCCUCUAGCAGCACUGUGGCCAAACCCCCAGCCACAGUGACCAGUAAGCCUGCUACCCUCACCACCACGAGUGCAACUAGUAAGUUGAUCCACCCUGAUGAGGAUAUCUCACUGGAAGAGAUGAAGGCCCAGCUGCCUCGUUACCAGCGUCUUGCACCAAGACCUGGUCAAGCCCACGUGGCUGCUCCCCCAGUGGCAGCUGUAGGUGGCAUAAUGCCACCACAGCAAGGCUUGCCACCACAGCAGCCGGGCAUGAGGCAUCCCAUACAUGGUCAGUAUGGUGCUCCUCUUCAGGGCAUGCCGGGCUACAUGCCUGGAGGGAUGCCUCCUUAUGGGCAGGGGCCUCCUAUGGUGCCCCCUUACCAGGGAGGCCCUCCCAUGGGUAUGAGGCCACCUGUCAUGUCUCCUGCUGGACGUUACUGAAGCAGCAAAGCAACCACCACAUUAGGUUUGAGGUUAACACCUUUCUAUCACCCUUGUGCUUUUUCAAACCUAGCUGCAAGCAAAGAGCAUAAAGACCAACGGUGGUGAAGACAAAUAUUUGUUAGAACACAUGGACAUUUAAUGUAACAUCUUUAUUUGAAAACAGCCAAACACCACAUAUGUUUUUAACAACUAUUAUGUUGUUAACUAAUUACAUGUGAGGAUAUAUUUUUCCCCUUAGGUUUCACUCAGGUUCAUAGAAGUGAAGUGUGUUAAAAUGAUUCAUAUUUCUUUUGAAGCUGCUGGAGUUUCAUGAACGUACCAACUCCUUAAAAAGGCAAGUUUCUCUUGUAAACAUUUGAUUAAUUUUAUUUUGUUUAUUUCUUUGGUGGAAUGAUUGAGGCCCUCACAGCAUGCUUAGAUGCUGUUGGACAUUCGUCCCCAACCUUGGUUGGUGAGGGUCUCAGUGGUGAAACUGGUUCCAGUUGUGUAGUCUAUAAAAUCCAUGACUCAUCAGGCUCUAGUUUUAUUCUUUUUUUCAGGUUUGGUUUAAAUAUUUCCUGGUCAUAAGUCUACUUGUAUGCAUCCUUUGUAAUGUUUUAUCAAUCUGUUGUAAUAAAAUCCAUCUUGAAAUCCAA